UACUAGUAGAAGGCAGCGACGUGUUCGUGUUGUUGUGCUUGUGCGUGUAGUUGUGCUCGUUGUGCUCAUUGACGUCGCGAACAUCUAAAUGAGCAGAAAAUAUGUCAAAUCCUGGUUGUAGCCGGAGAAAUGGCGCUAUGAAGAUAAGACUAACCCUUCUCUGUGCCCGGAACUUAGCAAGAAAGGAUUUAUUCCGACUACCCGAUCCCUUUGCAAAGAUUAGUGUUGAUGGCUCAGGACAAUGUUUUAGCACAGAAACCUCUAAAGCUACACUAGACCCUAAAUGGAACCAACAUUUUGACUUAUAUAUUGGUAAAGGAGAUGGUAUAACUAUAAGUGUGUGGAAUAAUAAGAAAAUACACAAAAAGCAAGGUGGUGGAUUUUUAGGUUGUGUUCGGAUACUGUCUAGCACAGUUCAACGUUUAAAAGAUACUGGUUAUCAAAGACUUGACUUGUGCAAAGCCAGUGCCGAGGAUCCUGAACCGGUAAAAGGAGAAAUUGUGUUAUCCUUAUUAUCAAGGGAUGGUCAUGGUGGGGUUGCCAGUGGUGGCCACAAUGCCGUUGUUGAUCCACUGGGAGGGCUUAGCUGCCCAGAGGACUUGCCUGAGGGUUGGGAGGAGAAACGAACCACUGCUGGACGCCUCUACUAUGUUAACCAUCAUACAAAAACAACUCAGUGGUAUCGCCCGAACAGGCCCACCACCCAACCCACCUCAAACGGCUCUACCAAUGGCUUGAUUCUUGCUCAGUCGGAAUCCGAUUGCUCUUCUCCCGUAACCCCUGCUACCCCUCCCGGGCCUUCAGGGCCUUCAUCCCCCCAGGCAGCACUUCCUGCCACACCGCCACGGUCCCAGCCCAGUGUGCCUGGCAGUGUGCCUGGCAGUGCCCCCACCUCACCUGCCUCACCUUCAACACCCUCAAGAGAUCAAUAUAAUAACAGCACUGGAGAAAGCACCCAAGGAGUUGAAAGAAGAAGCAACUCAUCAGCAAAUGGGAAUGCCAGACCAGCUCUAUCACCUCUCAACGGUUCACCCUCACAAUCUCAGCCAGCAAACAAACGACGAUCAAGCCGCCAACGAGCUUCUCAACAGCAUCAACUUUUACUUCAACAUCAACAGCAGCUUAAUGGUCGAACGCACAAUGUGGGACAGCCCGGUGACUUGCCCCCUGGAUAUGAGCUCCGCACUACACAGCAAGGCCAAGUCUAUUUCUACCACAUUCCAACCGGUGUUAGUACUUGGCAUGACCCUCGAAUACCCCGUGAACUAACCAGUACAAGCUCAGCAAACCAAACAGGAGGAGCUGAACUUGCCUCAAUUAUGGGUGUUGACCUUGGUCCUCUACCACCUGGCUGGGAGAAGCGCCAAACCCAAAGUGGUCGUGUUUAUUAUGUUGAUCACAAUAAUCGCACAACACAGUUUACUGACCCAAGAUUGUCAUCAGCAAUCAUACAGAGGCUUUACAAGAGACAAAAUCAGCAAAGCCAAGCUACAAGUCAAGUUUUGCCUCAGUCAACUGUUAUUACCAAUGAAGCAGUUGUUGAUUCUGUGCCUCCUAUUGGUACUGCAGCAGAUAGAGAUAACAUCAAUACUACCAACAACAAUACUAAUGCUUCUUUAAACAACAGCAACAAUUCUAAUAGCAGACCUGCUCAAAGCCUUAUUAGAACCCCUGGUGAUGGGGCCAGUGAUGAGUCUACUGCAACCACUGUACCAGCAACCCCAGUCAUACCUAUUCCACCUGCUGAUCCAGAUAGUGAAGGAUUGCCCAAGUAUAAGAGGGAUCUAGUAGCAAAGCAACGUAUUCUCAGAGCUGAGUUACAAGCUUUGCAGCCUCAAAGCGGUCACUGCCGUCUUGAAGUAUCCAGAGCUGAAAUAUUUGAGGAGUCCUAUCGCCUUGUUAUGAAAAUGCGCACUAAGGACAUGCGGAAGAGGUUGAUGGUGAAGUUCCGAGGAGAAGAGGGUCUAGAUUAUGGUGGAGUUGCACGUGAAUGGCUGUUUCUUCUUUCUCAUGAGAUGCUAAAUCCACAAUACGGUUUAUUCCAAUAUUCAAGAGAGGACAACUACACUUUGCAGAUAAACCCAGACAGUAGUGUUAAUCCGGAACAUCUUUCAUACUUUCACUUUGCUGGACGUAUUCUUGGUAUAGCAGUUUUCCAUGGUCACUAUAUUGAUGGUGGAUUCACCACACCUUUUUAUAAAAUGCUGUUAAAUAAGCCCAUCACUUUGGAGGACAUUGAAGGAGUGGACCCGGAACUGCAUAGAAGUCUAACUUGGAUGUUGGAAAACAAGAUUACUGGAGUAAUAGACACUACAUUUGCUGUUGAGCAGAACAGUUUUGGUGUCCUGAAAGUUCAUGAAUUAAAGCCAGGAGGGAAGGAUGAACCUGUCACAGAGGACAACAAAGGCCUUUAUGUCAAACUCUAUGUAAAUUAUCGCUUCAUGCGCGGAAUCGAGCAGCAAUUUUUGGCUCUCCAAAAAGGUCUCUUGGAACUUGUUCCAGCUCAGCUAUUGCGCCCUUUUGAUGAAAGAGAGCUGGAACUUGUCAUAUGUGGCCUUGGGACUAUAGACAUUAAUGAUUGGAAGGCCAACACCAGACUAAAGCAUUGUACACCAGACACACCUGUGGUGAGAUGGUUCUGGUUAAUUGUUGAGUCUUACAGUGAGGAAAUGAGAGCCAGGUUACUACAGUUUGUAACUGGCAGUUCAAGAGUGCCAUUACAGGGUUUCAAAGCUUUACAAGGUUCUACCGGUGCUGCUGGACCUCGUCUUUUUACCAUUCAUGUCAUUGAAGCUCCAGUUGAAAAUUUGCCUAAAGCUCAUACUUGUUUCAAUCGGAUUGACAUACCCCCCUAUGAAUCAUAUCAGAAAAUGAAUGAGAAGCUCAGCCAAGCUGUCGAAGAAACGUGUGGAUUUGCCGUAGAGUAAUGAAUUAGGAAUUAAGCAAGAUUUCACUUGCUUCUUGCAUUUUGAUGUGUAGAUUAUUUGCUUUUCUCUUUGUGUUUUCUUUUCCUCAGACAGCCAUUGUAAAUUUGUUAACUUCCUUUCCAGCUUGUUUUUUCUUUUGUUGUUUUUGAAAACUUUUGUACUUUUAUGAUGUUUUUCUUCUUUGGAAAAGAAAUUCUGUGAUUUAGGUGUGGUGCCUUUUCUAUUUUAUCAGCUACUAUUGUAACACAUUUACCCAAUUUUAGCAUACCUUUCAGUGAAAUAGCAAAUGGUUUGCAUGCCUGGUUUUCAAUCUUUUUGACAGUAUUCAAUUUUAUUGACUUGUUACUUUAUAGGACUUGGGCAAGGCCAAAGAUCCCUUGUCAAAAUCACUAACAUUUCUGUGUCGCGUUGCAGUUCAUAAUUUUAAUACUGGUGAGUUGUGCUCUGAAGUUCUAUUCUGGAACCUAGGUCAGCAACAAUGAACUUUUUUAGUUUCCUUUCUGUCUUAGAUUUUAAAAUGAGUUUGUACCCUAUCACCCCAUCUUAUGUUUCUCUCUAAAAAAAUUUGGUUUUUACGUCACCUUUAUUUGCUACUAUUGAAAUCUGUAUUUUACUGGUUUUUAUUUUUAACCUUAAUGGACGUGCUUGUAAUGAGUACAUCUAUCAGGCUUUUAUUCCUGAAAAUAUUUCUUGUACUAAGGCCAUAGUCAUGUCAAGAAUGGGAAGUGAAAUUUUGUUUUUUGGGAAGGAGCAGUUCAUGACAAAGUCUCCUCUCUAUGGAUCCCUUUAUGUAGUUAAAAAGGUUUUUAAUUCAGGGAAACAAUUAUUGUUUCUACUGAUGGUUGUGCAAGGAUGGCUGUGCUUAUAAGAGGUAGUUUACUGACUUAUUUGGUCCCAAGAAACGUAUCAAUUCCUUUAGUUUGCUCUGUAAGUUUUAACUAAUGAUUGUGAUGGCACAAAUCGUUCCCAUCAGAAGUGAUUUCUCCACUAACCUAUUUUCCUCAUAUCAUCCAUAUAGUAAUUGAAGUGGAUCAAUUAACCCCUCCUGUAUUGGGUUGUUUACGCCUACUUAAAUGUAAGACUGAGUACCAUCACUGCCACGUACGAUUCCCAUUCUUAAUUGCACAUCAUCCCGUUUGUUACUUCCCUUUAUGUAAUUAAUCCCUUCAUAUCAAUUUGUGGGAAAUCAGGAUUUCUUAUGUGUUUUCACUUGAGGCCUUAGUAUUAAAUACAUAUGAUUUUCCUCAUCUGCAUGUACCAAAAUUAUUUAUUUACUCACUUUACCAUUCUACAUUUCAUGUAUAUAGUGUAUUGUUUGUGUACAGAUGUAUCUUUCUUAGUUUGUACAUGACACCCUCUUGUUUAAACAUAUCUGAGACUUUACCUUCUUGUACCACUGUACCGUGAUAUUUUUAUACUUUAAAAAAAAUGUUGAGUGAAUGACGAGUUUCUUGUGGUCUCUUUAAAAAAGACCACAAAGAAAAUUUUACAAAGCAGUUAAAUUUGUUAUUAUUGAUUCUGUUGGAGAUUUAAUUUACAGUAAAUUUUCAUCUUUUGAAGUGAUUGAAGCACAACUCAUGUUAUUGUUUAGCUGUUACAAGUUUUUGAAAAUGCCCUGUAUUCCCUGUACUAAAUCAAGUGCUGAUCAUCCUAUUUGAUUGAUUGUGCAUUAUAAAUUGCAGCAUACCACAUAUCAUUGUUUUUGGUGACAACUUUUUACCAUAUAUUACAGUUAUUUUUUUAUUUAUUUAAGUGUUAUAACUAAAAUAUAAUGUUUGUAUAUAAAAUAAUAUUGCUUGUUGCGAGUUAUGAAUGGACACUUGCUUAUUGUUUAUCAACGUUGUUUAGCUUUCAAAUUGUCAUGUUGGGCCAAUGCUCGUAUGCAUAAUAAAUCUAGUUUUUAUUAUAUUAUCAAAUUCCCUUGGUUUCUAUUGAUUGAUUGAUUGGUUGGUUUGUUUGUCUUUUAAAAUCAUGUGUGGUGAGUAUUUUUGCUGACAUCUUCAAAUGUGCUCUCUAUUGAAAUGGUAGCCCACUUAGGUACAUGAAAACUGGAAUGGUCAUCUCUGAAGUGAUCUUUGCUCUGCGGUUUUAAGUUGUAUAUCAUAAAUAUGUUUUGACUUUUUAACUUGUUGGGACGCUGCAAGAAAAUUUAAGUGUUGCUGUAUACCUUUAACAGGACUAAACUACCUGCUAUCCCAUUGUUUUAGUGUAGGAAAUGAUAUGAACUGAAUCUCAGUCACACAGAAUCUUGUUUCUUAUCUCACGUAUUAUGUCUGUUAUAUUGCACUGGCACAUCAAGAAUGGUCUGUACCAGUCUUCAAUUAACCUGUCCACUGAAUAUCGCUAAAUUGCUCAUGAAGGUUUUGUUGCUUGAUUUACAUUAGUUCAUCUUCAGGAGAUGGUACUUACAUAGACAUGUGCUUUGUUACCAGUGUCGUUUUCAGUAUUUCUCAUUUCAGUAUUAAGCUUUGUUGCUAUUGAAAGCACUUUGAAUGCUGACAUGAAGUGUAAUUUUUGCAAUGUGCUUGGUACCAGGGUAAUGAGAAAAAUAUGAUCAUCUAAUUCUAUUGUGAUAUAAAAGUGUAAAUACAAUCAUGUGUUUAAGAGUGGACUUUUCCUGUGAGCAAUAUAUGUACUGUGGCUUGUGGACAAUACAAUGGAUUCAAGUGAUAUAUACAUAUGUAAGUUUGUGAUUUUUUUGGAAUGUAUCAACCACUAUACAUGUCAUCAUUGUGAAGCCUUCAUCAUAUUGAACGAGUGUUCAUGUAAUAAACAGCUUCUGAUAUACAUA